AACAAGUGCAAAGGAGGGAGAAGAGGAGAAUGGUUUGGGGGUCGAGGGUUUAGUUUAGGGUUUAGGCCCUUCUCGUUUGCGCAGCGCCUUUCUUCUCUGUCUCUCUGAGCCGGCGUCUUUCACUCCACCGCCGUCUCUCUUGCUUCCGUCGUCGUCUUCAGCGCUUGCUCUCGUGUCCGUUGCUUCUGCUGUGGUUUUCUUCCGCCGCUGCCUCAGUUCCGGCUUUUGUUUCAAUGAGCAUGGAGACUGCCAAUGAUUCAGAGAUGAGUUUGGGUGGCGAUGGUCAUGUAAGAAGAAGGAGCAGGAAAAAAGCCGUGGCUGAGAGUGGAGCAAGAGAGCAUAAAGAGCAAUUAGAGAAACUUAAACAGAAGGACCCAGAAUUUUAUGAGUUCUUGAAAGAGCAUGACCAGGAGCUGCUUCAGUUCAGUGAUGAGGAUAUUGAUGAAAAUGUGGGUUCUGACAUGGAAGAUGGAGAUGUACAGCCAGAUGAGGAGACUAGUGACCAAGAGAUUCAAGAGAAGGAAAAACAAUUGUCUAAGAAAGUUAUAACUACCUCUAUGGUUGAAUCAUGGUGCAAAUCCAUUCAUGAAAAAGGGAGUGUAAAUGCAGUCCAUUCUCUGAUGAAGGCUUUUAGGACAGCAUGCCACUAUGGCGAUGAUGGGGGGAAUGAGUCUACAACAAAGUUUAGUGUAAUGUCAAGUGCUGUUUUCAACAAAAUAAUGUUGUCUGUACUUAAUGAAAUGGAUGGAAUAUUAAGGAAAUUGUUGAAGCUCCCGGCUUCUGGUGGAAAUCAUGGGACCAUAAAGAAUUUGAUGACCACGACGCAAUGGAAGAAUUAUAGCCAUUUAGUGAAGUCAUACCUUGGAAAUGCUCUUCAUGUUUUGAACCAAAUGACUGACUCUGACAUGAUAUCAUUUACUCUACGUCGGAUUAAAUACUCUUCACUGUUUCUGGCUGCUUUUCCAUCACUCCUAAGGAAGUAUAUUAAGGUGGUCCUUCAUUUCUGGGGUACUGGGGGAGGUGCCCUUCCAGUUUUCUCAUUUCUAUUCAUCAGAGAUUUAUGUGUACGCAUUGGAUCUCUCUGCAUUGAUGAAUGCUUCAGAGGAAUAUAUAAAGCUUAUGUUUUGAAUUGCCACUUUGUAAAUGCGGUGAAACUUCAACAUAUCCAAUUCCUUGGCAAUUGUAUCAUUGAACUUGUUGGUGUGAAUCUUCAGAGUGCGUAUCAACAUGCAUUUAUUUUCAUCCGGCAGUUGGCUAUGAUUUUAAGAGACGCACUUAACACAAAAACUAAGGAAUCUUUCCGUAAGGUUUGCGAAUGGAAAUACAUGAACUGUCUUGAACUUUGGACUGGUGCCAUCUGUGCCUACAGUUCAACAUCGGACUUUAAACAACUUGCAUAUCCUCUGACCCAAAUAAUUUCUGGGGUAGCCCGUCUAGUUCCAACAGCUAAAUAUUUCCCCCUUAGGUUGAGAUGUGUCAGAAUGCUGAAUCGGAUCGCAGCUUCUACUCACUCUUUUGUACCAGUAUCUAUGCUCCUUUUGGACAUGCUGGAGAUGAAAGAGCUGAAUAAGCCCCCUACAGGAGGUGUUGGUAAAGCUGUUGACUUACGCAGUAUAUUGAAGGUUAGCAAGCCAACACUAAAGACUAGAGCAUUUCAAGAGGCGUGCAUUUUUUAUGUGGUUGAAGAGCUUGCUGAGCACUUGGCACAGUGGAGUUAUUCCGUUGCAUUCAUGGAGUUGUCUUUUAUUCCACUUGUGAGGUUGCGUAGCUUUUGUAAAUCGACCAAAGUUGAUAGGUUUCGGAAGGAAAUGAGGCAGCUUAUACGCCAGAUUGAGGCCAACUGUGACUUUGUGAAUGGAGGGCGCAUGUCAGUUUCCUUUUUACCUAGUGAUCUGGCUGCAUCAUCUUUUCUUGAGGAUGAAAAGAAGUCAGCCUCAAGUGCAUUAUCAAAGUAUGUUGUAACACUCCGCCAGAGAGCAGAGCAAAAGAAUACUUCAUUAAUGGAAUCCAGUGUUGUUGUGGGAGAGGAAGCCUCUGUUUUUGGGAAAGAAAUAUCAGAUAGCGAUGAUGAGGAUGCUAAAAAGAACGAGGAGGGAGCUGCCAUCUUUAGUUCAUCAUGGUUACCUGGAACUGGAAAUGACUCUAAGAUAAAUCACCCCAAAGAAACAAAAGGGAAGAAGAGAAAGCAACAGCGGAAAGAGAGAGCGAUUGAUGAUGAUGUCGUGGAGGACUUGGUACUAAGUUCUGAUGAGGAUGAACCUUCUGCCAGGGAAGAUGAUAAUGUUGAUAAUGGGCCUCCAAAACUAAAGCAGAAGAACAAGAACAAGAACAAGCACAAGCACAAACCAAAAAGGUUUAAAACAAAAUAAAUCGCAGAUGUCUAGUUAGCAUUCCCUGUCUCUAUUCCUCCUUAUAUGGUGAAAAUGGGAAAAAUUUUGUAGUUUUAUGAUAUUAAUUAUUUAGUUUACAUUUUUACUUUCCAAGGAAAGAUGUUUAUUUGAAAGCAAUGCCACUGCAAUUAUUAAGUUAUAUCGUUGUAAUCUUAAUUUUUGAAUUAAUACAACUACGGGCUAUAUUUUUA